CCUCACACCCCCCCAAGCCGCCAUGUCCAGCAGUGCUCUGCCGCAGCACAACGCCAGCGAAAAGGCCGCAGUUGCCGCCGGCCUGCGCUGCCGUGCGGCGAGUCGGCUGCGCUUCUGCUGCGCCGUGCUGCUCCUCGUGCUGCUGGGCCGUGCCUCCCUGCCCGCGCUCGUCGCCGAGUCACACGCCCCACUCGCCGCUGCCACCUGUCCGCAGCCUGCGCCAUGGCAGGACAGCGCGCCCCUCGGGCCCGCGCCGCCGCCGCUGGCGCUCGCCAAGCUGCUCAGCGGGGCCGUGCAGAUCAACACGAGCGUCUUUGACGGCACGCCGCCCGUCGCCGAGGCGCCGGCGCGCUGGAACGCCACGUUUGCGCCCUUCGAGGCGUACCUGCGCCGCGCCUUUCCGCUGCUGCACACGUCGGGCGCCGUGCAGCUCGAGCACAUCAACACGCACGGCCUGCUCUACACGUAUCAGGGGAGCGAUGCGGCGCUCAAGCCCAUCGUCUUUACCGCACAUCAGGACGUCGUGCCCGUCGAUGCCAGCUCAGAGGCGCGCUGGACGCAUGCGCCGUUCAGCGGGCUGAUCGAUGAGAAGCUCGGCCUCGUGUGGGGCAGAGGCUCAAGCGACGACAAGGCGUCCCUCAUCAUGCUGCUGGCGGCGCUCGAGGGCCUCGCCGCCGACGAGGCCUUCACGCCGAAGCGCACCAUCAUCCUCGCGUUUGGCUUCGACGAGGAGAGCGCAGGCACGCAGGGCGCCCUCGAGCUGUCGCGCUUCCUCGAGCAGCGCUACGGCCGCGACUCGGUGUUCAUGCUCGUCGAUGAGGGCGAGGGCUUCACCGACGCGUCCGUGUAUGGCGAGGUAUUCGCGGCGCCGGCCAUCUCUGAAAGCGGCUAUCUUGACGUGUCCCUCUCGGUGCGCACGCCCGGUGGCCACUCGAGCAGUCCGCCGACGCACACGGGCAUCGGCCAUCUGGCGCGUUUGAUCGUUGCGCUGGAGAACGACCCGCCGAUGCCCGAGCUGUACCUCGUGGAGGAUGGCGCAGAGCAUGACUCGCCGGCCCUGACGGCGCUGCUGUGCGUGCGCGACAUGCCCAAGAUGAAGCACUCCAAGCUUGGCCGUGCGCUCGAGGAGCUCGUGCAGGCGCGCAAGGCGCUCUCGCAGCGCAGCACGCCGAAGCUGCAACGCCUGACGAUGCUGCUCAAGAAGCACAAGUGUCCUCGCGCCAGGCUGGAGCAGGCGCGCAAAGACGUGCUGAGCAGCCUCUCGAAGGAGGAGGCCGAGUCGUUUCGCACCACGCAGGCCGUCGAUCUCAUCAGCGGCGGCGUCAAGAUCAACGCGCUGCCAGAGCUCGCGACGGCCGUGAUCAACUACCGCAUCGACGCCUCGUCGUCGGUCGCUGCGCUGCGCCACCGCGUGGCCUCUGUGCUGCGUCCGCACGUCGAGCGUGCCGGCCUGGAGCUGGAUGCGUGGAGCGGCGCGGAUGAUGAGGCCACAGCACGCGAGAAGAGCUGGAAGGGCACCGUGGUACUGCGCGACGCGUUUGGCUCGGCACUCGAGCCCAGCCCGCUCACGCCGACGGGAGAGGACCUCGCGUGGAGGGUGUUCGCGGGCACGAUUCGCAGCACGUGGCAGCUCGACGGCGAGGGCAUCCGCGUCGUCGGCAGCCAGAUGAUCGGCAACACGGACACCAAGUCCUACUGGGCCCUCACGCGCGCCAUCUUCCGCGUGUCGCCGUCGAGCCUGCUGCCCAACCUGGCGCCGCACGGCGACAACAACGUGCACACCGUCGACGAGUCGACGCAGAUCGAUGCGCUGGCGAAGGCGCACGAGUGGUACAGCCGGCUGAUGCGCGCCGUGCAGGAUGUGCGCGAGUGAGCGAAAUGUGAAGCCCUGCGAGCGCACACGCAUGUUCGGCAGCGGGUAAUCGUGUUGUGGAAUGUAGAUGCGCACG